AGAGACGGCAAGCAACUAUUGGUUCGUGAUGGAGGGUCCAAACCCAGAUGGCUUGUUUUAGAGAGCCACCGUUUAUGUCUUUGUGUGCUUAAAUUGAUAUACACGAUCCCUCUCCUUCUUUCAGUGCUUAAAUUCAGAGAGAAGAGAGAGAGAGAGAGAUGACUGUUACAAACUUCAAUUGCUGCCUCAAUCCGCCACCUUCAAAUCAAAAUCAUGGUACAAGCCCUUCUUUGCCCUUAAAGCAAAACCAAUCACUUGCAUGGAACAAAUAUGGUCAUGGAUCAUGGACUAAUCGAUGCGUUUUAGGUAUGAAUUGCAUCGCAAUUGGAUUGGAAAUGGGAACCCUAGUAAGCAACCAAAACUAUGAAGCCAUUGCUAAUGCUAUGCCUUCGCCGUUGGAAAUAGAAACAUCAAGUGAUCAGAGGGUAGCAAAAUGGAUUGACAAAAGAAUGUGCCCACAAUGGAGCCCUAAUUCACUAGAGACCAUUGUGCCUGAAAAUCUUCCUAGACCAUCUGCUCAAAGGAGAUGGGAAACCGUUGGUUUUUCUAACAAGGAUGCUCCGGCGGUUCAAAUGGUAGUUAGAAAAGGUGGCAACUGCUUUGCUAAGUAGAUUUACAAUUUGAUACACCAUGUAUAUGAACCAUCUUGAUAGCCAAAUACAGAAUCAAUGAAGUAUCACCAAGUAGGCAUUUUAUCUGUUGGAUUCUUCUUCAUUGUGGGAAAAAUGUGAACCAGAUAUUUGUAAAAAUUUGGAAGCUAUGCAGUAAAACAUUUGAUUUUUAGAA